AGGGAGCAGUCUUGCAGGAGCGGUUUUGCAGUCUUGUUUACUUCUGUUACAAAUUAACACUGAAACGAUGCCUGUGCCUAAAAAAACUGUGGCUGCCCGAGCCAGACGGGGGUCCGUGUUCCAGGCUAAGACGACUGACGGGCCAGACUUUGGUGAUGGGGUUGAUGACUGGCUCCAAGGAAAAACUUUGGUGAAACCCCCUGACCAGCUGGACCUUACUGAAGCAGAACUGAAGGAAGAAUUCACAAGGAUCCUCACGGCCAACAAUCCACAUGCUCCACAGAAUAUUGUCCGCUACAGCUUCAAAGAGCGCUCUUAUAAGACCAUCAGUAGUGUAGACCAACUGGCAGUUCACUUCGUCCUGGAGGGAAAUCUUCUUCACAAGGACUCCGAUGAAGCUCGCAGGCAAAGGGCUAAACAAGGCCUCCCAGAAGAGAAACCAGUGGACACUGCCGCAGCGGAGACAGAUGAGGAGAAGGUGGAGACUCCGGGCGAUGCAAGGGAGGAGGCGGGUGAGGAGGGCGGCGGGGAGGAGAGGCCAGACAGCGAGGAGGUCAAGAGAGGCCAGAAGGAGUGCAAACUCACCAACCAGUUCAACUUCAGCGAGCGCGCUUCCCAAACCCUCAACAACCCCCUCAGGGAGAGGGAAUGUCAGACGGAACCCCCUCCUCGUGCAAACUUCUCAGCCACAGCUAAUCAGUGGGAGAUCUAUGAUGGUUAUUUGGAAGAGCUGCAGAAGCAAGAGAAGAAUAAGGAGAAGCAGAAAGCUCAGCCCACUAAGAAAGAGGAGGACAAAGGCAAGAAGAAGAUGAUGAUGGUAGAAAUGCAGAGUGAUGACAUCAGUAAAGUGUCAAAGGCCGCAAAGAUCGUGGAGCGCAUGGUCAACCAGAACACAUUUGACGACAUCGCCCAGGACUUCAAGUACUUUGAGGACGCCUCGGACGAGUUCCGGGACCAGGAAGGCACCCUGCUGCCGCUGUGGAAGUUCCAGUACGAUAAAGCCAAGAGACUUGCUGUUACCGCCCUCUGCUGGAAUGAAAACUACAGAGAUCUGUUUGCUGUGGGCCUUGGGUCGUAUGACUUUACUAAACAGGGCCGAGGCAUGCUGCUGUUCUACUCCCUGAAGAACCCCACCUACCCGGAGAACAUCUACCUCACCACGUCCGGCAUCACGUGCCUGGACAUCCACCCACACAUCUCCUACCUGGUGGCCGUGGGCUUCUACGAUGGCUGCGUGGGCGUCUACAGCCUGAAGGAGGAGAGCAGCCAGCCCAUCUACAAGAGCACGGCUAAGUCCGGCAAACACACAGACCCUGUCUGGCAGGUGCGCUGGCAGAACGAUGACAUGGACCACAAUCACAACUUCUUCUCUGUGUCGUCAGAUGGCAGAGUGGUGUCCUGGACCCUGGUCAAGAAUGAGUUGGUGUAUACAGACAUCAUUAAGCUGUCCUUAGAGGGUCCGCCGUCAGAUGGGACAGAAGGCAUGCAGCUGCCAACCAUGGCUUGUGGCACAUCAUUUGACUUCCAUAAGCAGAUUGACUACCUGUUCCUGGUUGGCACAGAAGAAGGAAAGAUCCACAAGUGCUCCAAAGCAUACUCCAGCCAGUUCCUCCAGACGUAUGAUGCCCACAACAUGGCAGUGGAUGCGGUCAAGUGGAACCACUUCCACCCCAAAGUUUUCAUCUCCUGCAGCUCUGACUGGACCGUCAAGAUCUGGGACCACACCAUUGACACACCCAUGUUCACCUUUGACCUUAACUCUGCGGUGGGGGACGUGGCCUGGUCUCCGUACUCCUCCACGGUGUUCGCCGCCGUCACCACCGACGGGAGGGUCCACGUUUUUGACUUGAGCAUCAACAAAUAUGAGGCCAUCUGCCAGCAGCCGGUGGUGGCCAAGAAAAAGACCAAGCUGACGCACAUCCAGUUCAACCCUGAGCAUCCCAUCAUCAUCGUCGGGGACGACCACGGCUAUGUCAACAGCCUCAAGCUCUCACCCAAUCUACGCAAGAAGCCAAAGGAGAAGAAAGGCCAGGAGGUGCCCAAGGGGCCCGAGGUGGAGAUCGCCAAGAUGGAGAAGCUCCUGAGUUUACUGAGGGAGCCGGAGAGCAACAGCAAUUAAAGAUUGGAAAUGGAGACCCCUCUGCCCCUCUGACCUCUCCUUCAUCUCUCUUUCUCUCUCUCUCUCUCUCUCUCUCUCUCUCUGUGUCCUGCUAUGUGUGUCCAGCCGGACUCUGAAGGCCACUUUAUAGAUCCCAUAUUGAAAUUCAAGGUCUACACAUAAAAGGAAUUAAAUGGAAUCUGUGAAAAAUAGCUCCAAUUAAAACAUUCUUUAUGCUGCAGGAAAAAAAA